AUGGAUGAAGUGGAAAUUGAGAGAACUUUGGAAGUUGUUGAUGAUGAAAUUAUGAAUGCAUUUUUGGAUGCACAAUCCCAAAUGAUGCUUCAUUCUCAAGUUGAGCUAAACGAUGAAGGUAUUGAUACAGCCAACUCUCAAAAUGAAUUCAUUAUCACAGAGAUAUUAACCUCCGAAGAAGUAAAACCAGAAGAGGUAGAACUUCGAUAA